UUAUUAUUUGAAAAAAUAAUAAAAUAAAUUAAUAAAUGUUGUUUUUAUUGCCAGAAGACAGCAAAGAGGAAGGAGAAGCAACAUUCACGCAUUCAAGCAUUCAACUUUCCCAAUUCCCAUUAUCUCAUAAUCCCAUUCAAUCAAUUCAACCUUCCAUAUUAAUUUCUCCAUGUUUCCAAAUUCCUCCCUAAUUACAUCAAUCAUGGAAAAUUGUAUUGCAUAUUUUCCCAGAAUUUCAACGGAAAAAAAAAAAAAAAAAAAAAACUCAGUCAAGAAAUCAAUUGCAAUCUUCCGAAUUUCUUGUUAUCAAACGGUAAUUAUUUUCCCAUAUAUAUGGGUUAUCUUCCAUUCAAUCAUCUUCAUCUAUCUAUUCCCAAUUGAUACAAUUAUACUUUAUACAAAAUCAAAAACGAAUUGAAGGGUUGAAGCAAUUUUUUUUUUCUUUUUGAGGGGAACGAAUUGAAGCAAUCGAUUUUAGGUCCAAAUUGGUCGUAUUCUUUUGAACAAAGAUUGAGAAUCAACGUUAUCGAGUAAUUCGCCAAUUCGUCCAAUUGAUUGAAAUAAAGCUUCUGCUUUCCAGGUUUUUUCAAUCCAUAUAUAUGAUACUGUAAUUUUAUUUUAUUUUUUGAGAUUUUGAGAUUAUGCCUCCUAGAAAGUAUGAAUCUGGGUCUCAAAAGCGUAACAAAAAGAGAAAAUUAGAAGUGUUAAUUAAUUCUCAAAAAGGUUCUCUUGAUAAAUUCGUUACAAAAGAACCUCAAGUUCCUCUUGUUGAGCCCGUUGAUGAUGUCCCUGUUGAGAAUAAUAAUGUUGAUGUUGAUGAUAUUAAUAAUGUUAAUGUUGAUCUUGUUAGUGAUAUGCCUAUUGCGGAGAAUGUUGAUGAUGUGGAUAAUAUUUUUGAUGAUGUGCCUAGUGUUAAUUGCAAUGUUGACGAUGUGCCUAUUGAGAAUGAUAAUAAUGCUGGAAAUAUUGAUGAUAUGCCUUCUGAUAAUGAUAAUGUUGAUCACCGUGAAACUAGUUAUGUGCCUAAUAUAUAUGAUCCUAGAGUUUGGGAUGGUCUUGAUUCUAAAAUGAUUGUUUUAUUAGUGAAAAAUGGUCCUAAAAGAGAUAAUUCUAUUGUGAAAGGUCCUAAAGAUAAAUCUUCAAGACGAUUUACAGCUAACUUGUAUACUAGAGUUUUAUCAAACGGUGAGAAAUGUGAUAGGGAUUGGCUUGUUUAUUCCAAAGAGCUUGAUAGAGUCUAUUGUUUUUGCUGUAAAAUAUUUAAAAAAAGGGAUGGGAAGAGGACAAUUGACAAAUGAAGGAUUUUCAGAUUGGGGGCAUGUAGGCUUUAGACUUAAAGAGCAUGAGACAAGCAUAUAUCAUGUUAAGAAUAUGACUACUUGGUAAGAGUUGCGUCUUAGGUUUCAAAAGAAUCAAACUAUUGAUAAGACGACUCAAAUGCUAAUUGAAAAAGAAAAAGACCAUUGGAAGAAAGUAAUGCAAAGAAUUUUUAAUUGCAAUUGUCAAAUUUCUUGCCAAACAUAAUCUAGCCUUUCGUGGUUCAAAUGGGAAAUUAUACCAAAAAAGUAAUGGUAAUUUUUUGGGCUUGAUUGAAAUGUUGGCCGAGUUUGACCCAAUCAUUCAAGAACAUGUCAACCGUAUUACUAAUAAUAUUCACUUUCAUUAUUUAGGUCAUACAAUCAAAAACGAGUUAAUACUUUUGCUUGGUUCUGCAAUAAAAAAUGAAAUCAUUAGAAAGAUAAAGCAAGCAAAGUAUUUCUCGGUAAUUCUUGAUUGUACUCCCGAUGUUAGCCAUCAAGAGCAAAUGUCAUUGAUAUUAAGAUAUGUGAAUGUCUCUUAUUGUAAUGUUUGCAUUGAGGAAUCUUUCUCAGGAUUUUUGAAUGUAAAUGAUACAACUGGCCAAGGGCUUUUUGAUGUUUUACAAAAUGAAUUGAAAAAUCUUGAUCUUGAUAUAAUGGAUGUGCGAGGACAAGGCUAUGAUAAUGGAUCUAAUAUGAAAGGAAAACAUCAAGGAGUUUAAAAGAAAUUUUUGGAUUUAAAUUCUAAUGAUUUUUAUACUCCUUGUGGUUGUCAUAGUUUAAACUUGACAUUAUGUGAUAUGGCUAACACAUGUAGUAAAGCUAGAGACUUUUUUGGAGUCAUCCAACGUAUAUAUACAAUUUUUACAGCUUCUACUAAGAGAUGGCAAAUCUUGAAAGACAAUGUAAAAGGACUAACUGUUAAGUCUUUGUCAUCUACUCGUUGGGAAAGUCGAGUUGAAAGUGUUAAGGCUAUUAGAUUUCAAAUGUCAGAUAUACGAGAAGCUUUACUUCAAGUAGCCGAUAGCAAUGAUAAGGAUUACAAUAUAAAGAGUGAAGCUAAAUCCUUAGCAAAUAAUGAGCUUGGUGAUUUUGAGUUUUUAAUUGCAAUAGUAAUUUGGUAUGAAAUAUUAUUUGCAAUUAAUUUAGUAAGCAAGCUAUUACAAUCAAAGGAUAUGCUUAUUGAUGUGGCUAUUAAAAAAAUAAGAGGGUUGAUUUCUUUUUUUGAGGGGUAUAGAGAAACUGGUUUUUAUGAUGCUUUGAGUAAGGCUAAGGACAUUGCUAUUGAAAUGGAUAUUGAUCCUAUGUUUCCCCAAAAGCGUGAAAUUAAAAGAAAAAAACAUUUUGAUGAGAAUCCAAGCACUUCAUCAAAUGCUCCUCUAUCUCCAGAAGAAUCAUUUAGAGUUGAUUACUUUCUUUAUAUUGUUGAUCAAGCUAUUAGUUCUCUUUAUAAAAGAUUUGAGCAAUUUGAGGAAUAUGAAAAUAUUUUUGGUUUCUUAUUCACUCCUCAAAGGAUGAAGUCAUUGGAUGAUUUAAGUUUGAAAUCCUCUUGUUUGAAUUUUGAAAAUGCACUUAUGUCUAAUGAAAAAUCAGAUAUUGAUGGGAAUGAAUUAUUUGUGGAGUUGAAGUUGCUUAAAGAAAUUUUGCACAAUGACAUAAAAGGACCUUUUGAUAUUUUUGAAUGAUGUGGGUUGUUUUCCUAAUGCUACUAUUGCAUAUAGAAUUUUGUUGACUAUUGAAUUUUGUUGACUAUUCCUGUGACAGUUGUAACUGCAGAAAGGAGUUUUUCAAAGUUAAAGCUAUUGAAGUCAUAUCUUCGUUCUACGAUGCUACAAGAAAGACUUAAUGGAUUGGCGAUGAUAGCAAUUGAGAAUGAUCUUCUAGAGAAAGUGGAAUAUGAAGACUUGAUUGAUGAUUUUGCCGCAAAGAGCGUUAGAAGAAUAUCACUUUUCAAAUAAAUAGAAGUUAAUAUAGCUUAAGUUGAUAUGAGCCUUGAGUUGUAUUUAGUUACUAUUAUCAACAUGAAUAAAAUAUCCGAAUUUAAUUUUGCGUAAUUGAAUAUAUCAUUGUUAUAUGAAAGCA